AUGGUAUCGAAGAAACGGAAAUUCGGUGAACAUGAGAUGAUAGCCUUAACCGAACAAUGCAGUGCCAUUCUUACUCGCCCAAUUCCACCAAAGCUUGGAGACCCGGGUAAGUUUACGAUUCCAGUCGCUAUCGGAGUUUUUCAAAGUUUGGGAUUAGGAGAUAUAAAAUUGGUAUCUGUGACUUUACAGUUAGCCGAUAGAUCACUCAUAUACCCAAAAGGAAUAGUAGAGGAUGUGUUAGUUAAAGUAGAUAAAUUCAUCUUUCCUGCAGAUUUUGUAGUUCUUGAUAUGGAAGAAGAUAAAGAAAUUCCUUUGAUUUUGGGAAGACUUUUUUUUAGAACGGGUAGAACUAUAAUUGAUGUGUAUAAUGGGAUUUUAUCUAUGUCUUUGGGGGGUGAAACGAUUAAAUUUGAUGUUUUCCGUACAAUGAAGCACCCUCAAAAGGGUGAUGAGUGUUUUGCUUUUGAUGUGUUAGAUCAAUUAAAUUUUGAUUUUAUUGAACCUUUAAUUGCGGAUCCGUUGGAAGCAUCUUUGAGUGUAGGAACAUCAGUUGAGGAAGAAGCAGUGACGGAACAAUUAUGUUGGUUGGAUUCAGCAAAGCCGCUGUCAAGACCACGCUUUGAAAGUUUGGAAACGGAGCUCCCAUUAUCUGUCACUUUUAAGCCUUCAGUGAUUGAACCUCCGAAACUUGAGCUUAAAGUUUUACCGUCUCAUUUAAAAUAUAUGUAUCUUGGAGCUCAUGAUACCUUACCUGUUAUUAUUUCUCCAUCUUUGACAGGUCUGCAGGAAAAGAGACUUUUGGAUAUCUUGCGAGAGCACAAGCUAGCACUUGGAUGGACUAUUUCCGACAUCAAGGGCAUAAGUCCAACUUUUUGCAUGCACAAGAUCAUAUUGGAGGAGAGCCAUAAAUCUUCAGUGGAACAACAGAGGCGAUUGAACCCCAUCAUGAAGGAAGUUGUGAAGAAAGAAAUCAUCAAGUGGUUAGACGCAGCUCCCGAGGAUCAAGACAAAACCACUUUUACUUGUCCUUUUGGUACUUUUGCCUUUAGACGUACGCCUUUCGAUUUAUGCAAUGCUCCUGCUACUUUUCAACGUUGUAUGAUGGCAAUUUUUACGGACAUGGUUGAAUGUGGUCUUGAAAUUUUUAUGGAUGAUUUUUCUGUUUUCGGUGAUACGUAUGACACUUGUCUCCAAAUACUGGCUAAGGUUCUUCGCAGGCGUGAAGAAACAAAUUUGGUGCUCAACUGGGAAAAGUGUCACUUUAUGGUACAAGAAGGGAUUGUGCUUGGACACAAGGUGUCAAGGAAAGGGUUAGAAGUCGAUCGAGAAAAAAUCGAGACAAUCGAGAAAUUACCGCCACCAAUUUCCGUAAAGGGGAUUCAAAGUUUUUUGGGACAUGCGGGAUUCUAUAGGCGGUUCAUCAAGGAUUUUUCUAAGGUUGCCAAACCAUUGUGCAAUUUGUUGGAGAAGGACGUCAAAUUUGACUUCAAUGACGAAUGCCUCAAAGCCUUCGACGACUUGAAAACAAGGUUAGUAACUGCUCCUAUAAUUGUUGUGCCUGAUUGGAAUGAACCUUUUGAACUCAUAUGUGAUGCCAGUGAUAAUGCGUCAUUCGAAGAUGUGUACCGGAAAGCGAGCAAGGAGAUAUACUUUUUCAUUGCCAUGGCUCGGACUAUGCGGGGCAUUAUGGAGGUGAGCGCACGGCGAGAAAGAUGCCAGCGAGUUGGUAAUAUUUCUAGGAGGCACGAACUCCCAUUAAAUACAAUGAUCGAAGUUGAGCCCUUCGAUGUAUGGGGAAUAAAUUUUAUGGGGCCUUUUGUCCCAUCAUUCAAUAACCUAUACAUCUUAGUGGCCGUCGAUUAUGUAUCUAAAUGGGUUGAGGCGGCCGCCUUUCCUACUAAUGAUUCUGCAGUGGUUUGUGCUUUCUUGAAAAGACAGAUUUUCGCUCGCUUUGGAACACCACGAGCAAUUAUUAGUGAUGGAGGCACUCACUUUUGCAAUAAACACUUCGAAGCACUCUUGGCCAAGUAUGGUGUAAAGCACAAGGUCGCAUUGGCCUACCACCCUCAGACGAACGGGCAAGCCGAGGUCACGAAUCGUGAAAUCAAAAACAUCCUCGAAAAGGUUGUGAGUCCUACCCGGAAGGAUUGGUCGAGAAAUUUAGACGACGCACUUUGGGCAUAUCGUACAGCUUACAAAACUCCACUUGGGAUGACACCGUUUCGAUUCAUUUAUGGCAAGGCGUGUCAUCUACCGGUUGAAUUGGAGCAUAAUGCGUUUUGGGCAAUUAAGAAAAUGAAUUUCGAUCUUGAAGCAUGCAAGGAGAAACGAAUGAUGCAACUCAACGAGCUCGAUGAAUUGAGAUUGAAUGCUUAUGAAAGCAAUCGUUCAAGAUGGUCCGGACCGUUUACUAUACUCGAAGUAUUUCCGCACGGCGCAGUCGAGUUAUUGGACUCCGAAACCAAAAAGUCUUUCAAAGUCAAUGGGCAACGCCUCAAGCACUACCGGGGAGGGGAAUUCAAUCGCCAAGUGACCUCGAUCACGGAGGAUUCAAGAAAGGUGCAAAUUUCUCCAAAAACUCAUUCAACAAGGAACACCCACAAGGUGUUCGACAAUUUGCCCGAGUCAAGUUUGGGGGCAAUUUUGCACACCAAUUCACUUCCAAUCCCUUCCACAAGGCGUUCUCACAUCAUGGGAAAAAGAGGACGUGACGGAGAAGGCACUUCAAAAGGAGAAGGCACUUCAAAAAGAAAGGGGAAGGGCAAGAAAGCCGACCAAGUUACAACUCCCGAUGAAGACGCCUUUUGUGUGGAAGGCUCCAAGCUCCGUUUUGAAAAACAAACGGUGGAGAAACUUGUGACGGAGCGCGCAUAUACGGUCACCCUACCGCAAUUUGAACCGUUGAAUCAAGAAUUCAUACGACGAGGGUGGCAAUCAUUGUUGGAACCGGAGGAGUCGAUAAACUUGUCUUUGGUCCGCGAGUUCUAUGCCAACACCCGUAUCCUCCUAACUUCGGAUAGGAAGACGAGCACGGUUCGAGGGAAGCGGGUCGAUUGGAGUGCCAAGGCCAACAACUCCUUCUACAACACCCGACAUGAGCCAUUCAAUUGGGAACAAAUGCAACUCGCAGUAACAAAAGAUCAACUCGGCGAGGUAUUGUGCGAUGGGCCCCCAAUUUGGUCCGAAUUCUCCACCGAUGAGGAAUACGAGUUGGAGUGGAAAUGCAUUCACCAAAUAUGCAAGGCGUGCCUUACUUUCAUAUGCGCUAACCUCAUCCCCACCCGCUCGUGGACUCAAGUGAACCAUGAAAGGUGUGCUCUUGCAUAUUACAUUUUAAAGGGCACACCGAUCAAUAUUGGAGAAAUCAUAUCCGACCGCUUUUGGAUAUCCAUGACCAACAACUCCAAAGGGUUCUAUUUCCCUUGCCUCGUUACCGGCUUAUGCAAGAAGGCGAAGGUUCCAACCAAAACGACGGAUAUUGACACACAAAUUCGGAAGCCGAUUAGUAACCUUGCGGCCCGACAAUUCAAGGCACCGAUCUAUGGUGGAGAGCAACCCGUCGAUGGCCAACAAUUAGCUCCACCCGAGGGUCCAAGCACAACCACGGUGGAGCACAAAGUUAGCACAAUCGAAUCUCUUCAACGGUGGUCGGGGAAGAUGCUCCAAGCCAUUGUGCGCCAUUUGGCGUGCGGUACUCCCGAGUGCGCCGAACCGGAUCCGUUGCCCGCACCAGUUCUUGAGCCGGUACCCGAGCUAUUGGAGGAUGAGAAGGAUGGUGAUGCUCAUGAGCAAGGUGGAGUUGGUGAGCAACCCGAUGAUGGUCCAGACGCUUAA